AUGUCAAAUAACGAUUGUAAUCCAGCAUCAUCGACACUCGCUGAUUUGAAUCUAUCAAUUGUUAAAAAAAUUUCGACUUUAAUUGAUAACUCUGAUUUUAAUGAAGCUCGUGACUAUUUGGCAUCGUUAACUGAACAACAAACCUAUGAUAAUACAUGGGAUUUAUGUACUUACUUAUUUGAAUUAUUAGAGAGACCGUCAGAUAAAUUGUGUAAUGAAUAUGAACUUUAUGCGGAAGAUACGUUAACGCAUGUUGCACAAUAUGGUAAUCCACGUGAAAUGUUAAUUAUUAUGCUUGAACAAUCUGAUAAAUUUAUAUCAGAUAAAGCGUUUGCAUUUCAUAUUAAAUUAUUUUUUAUUAUUCUAAAACGUUUGCCAUUAAAAGCAAGUAUAAUAACAUAUAUUGAUGAUAUUCUUUCAUUAUUAAAAUGUCAUUUGACAACAAUUGACUUGCCGACGAUUACAAAUGACUUUGCAGGUAAAGAUUUACUUGUAUUUAAUCAUGAUUAUCGUGUUCAUAAUUUAUUAAAAUUAACUCAACUCUAUGUUGAUUUUAUUUGUCAACUUCGUGACUAUUUUUCUACAACACCAACGAUUAAUAUCGUUCCUAUUCUAGGAAAAUAUUUAAUAUCUAUUUUACAAAAGCCACUUUCAUCACUUAGUUAUGAGCCAAUUGAUUCACAAGAAAGUUCAUCAUUUACAUUAAUACGUCCAUUAUUAGAUUGUUUAUUCACACUAAAUCCAAAUCCACUUCAAUUCAUUGAUAACAAAGAAGAUCAAUCGGUUUUUAUUUAUUUAGUUUUAACAAAAAAAAAUUAUUUUUCAUUAUUACCGUGUAUUUAUUCACCAUUCUUCUAUCUUAUUCUUAGUAUACCAGUUAUUCAACAAUUAAGUAAUGAUCGUGAACAAGUUAUGCUAACAGAAAAAGCAUGUGUACUUGUAUCAACUGUUUGUUCGUGGUUAAGACCGAACAGCGAAUUUAAUGAAAAUUCAUUAGAUAACAAUGAUCUUCAUACACUUAUUGAUACAUUAAAAACUUGUAUGGUUCAAUCACCGGCUCGGCAAUAUGCACCAUUAACAAUAGGUGCAUAUCGAUCAUUGUUUCGAUCAUUCGAUCAUUUUGGACGCUACACAUUUCUUCGGCAACAAAUAGCUAAAACGUCUUGUAACGAAGAUUCUUAUCGAACAUUUCUAUGUAGUUUACUUAAAGAUGAAUUUCUCUAUGAUUAUCGAUCGUUGUCAAGUGAAAUUUAUAAGGGACCAUCAUUAUUUCAAUUACUAGAUCGUUUAUGUAAUUUGCCGAAUGGUGUUGAAUCGGAUUUACUUGAAAUUUAUGAUUGUCUUUGCUCGACAUUGAAUUUUAUUCGUUUUAUUGGUUUAAUUGAUAAACGAGAUGUCAAUCGAACAUUACUUUGGACUGAACGUUUGAAUCGUUUAAAUGAAACAUUUCUUAAACCUUUAAGAAAAUCAAUUGAUUUAGCUCGGGCGCAUUAUAAACUUGAAAUGCGAAAUAGAAAAGAAGACAAUAAACCAGAAAAAAUGGAUACAGAGAUAUUAGUCGACAAUAAACCUCUAUCAAUGCCUAAUAAACAAGAACAAUUGGACACAUUACAUUCAGCAGUAACAAAAUUUGACAUUCUUGAUUGUAUACUGAGUGCUCUUACCGAGACAUUUGGUGGUGAUUUAUAA